AUGGCAGUCAUGGUAGAGGGUUUCCAAACAGUAGCUGUCUUUCCGCCUGAUGAGGUGGCCUACAAGGCUGUAAAGAAAUGCUCGAUGCGUCCCCCGAUUAUUGCUCUUCCAAAACUAAAAGGGCUAUAUCAAGUCGUCUGUGGCGCUUCAGCUAAAAUCAUAUGCUAUGUUUACUAA